AUGGGGCCGGCGUUGAUUGUUCUCAUCACUGGAGCUAACCGUGGCCUCGGCUUGGCCACCGCCAAAGAGCUUCUCCUCACCACCAACUUCCACAUUAUCGUGGGAAGCCGUCACCCAUCUAACGGAAAUGAGGCCAUUCAGGGCCUCCGGUCCCUGACAGGAAUCCAGGGAACGGUGUCGGCUGUGACCUUGGACGUAACCUCCGGGCCUUCAAUCGAGGCUGCCAGGUCCCAGAUUGAAUUAACCUUCGGAAGACUCGACAUUCUUGUCCACAACGCGGGCGUCUACCUUCUUCCUACGGAAUCAUCAGCCUCGCACGUCAGAGCCAAGAUCCUUGAGUCGACCCUAGAGGCCAAUGUCAGCGGUCCUGCUCGUGUGACGGAGGCAUUUCUUCCCCUUCUCCUGGGCCCCCAGUCCCAGCGGAAUGAAUUCCCCACACAGUGGAACACCCAUGCUAUCGAGUACCGCAUCAGCAAGGCAGCAUUGCAUAUGCUACUGGUCGAGUAUCAUAUGGCGCUGACAGGCGUGGUAGUCGUUGGGGUGGACCCUGGGUUCUGCGCCACGGAUAUCAUUGGAGACGCAGAAGCACUGCGGCAGAUGGGUGCUGCAGAGCCCGACAAUGGGGCCCGAAUCAUCGCAGAGGUAGUGAAAGGGGGUAAAGAUGACCAGCCCGGACGAGUUCAUAGUGCGGAGGGAUUGGUUCCGUGGUAG